CGGACAUUCCGCAUUUCGAAAAAAUUAUUCUGGGAUCCGCCAAGUACACAACUGCGGAACUACAGCAUAGUCAUACAGACAAAUAAAAUAGCAUGGCGAACACUGUCCAGAUCUCGCUGCCGCUGCCUGUCUUGCCUAGCGGUUGGUCCGCUGAGAAGGAUUUCAAAGCUGUUGGCAGCCUCUCCAGCCCUGUCCAUCGGAGCGUUGAACCUGUGGGCGCUCAUUUUCUCGCAUACGCUCGCAGAAAGCGAUUCAAGCGCACUUUCUCUGAGGAUGAGCGUAUCCAGGCGGCUGAAAAUGCUAAGAAGGUUGAGGAUCAAGACGAUGGUGAGAUCAGCGAGCCUGAGGAUCCACUGAUGUUACAACGCGAUCCUAAGCAGUGGAAGGAGCAAGACCACUAUGCUGUUCUUGGUCUCUCAAAGUACCGCUACAAGGCAACCGAGGAGCAAAUCAAGCGUGCCCACCGAAAGAAGGUGCUUAAGCACCAUCCAGAUAAGAAGGCUGCGUCCGGCAGCAACGAGGACGACUCCUUCUUCAAGUGUAUUCAGAAGGCAACAGAAGUGCUGCUCGACCCCGUCAAACGCCGUCAGUACGAUUCUGUUGAUGAAGGUGCAAAUGUCGAACCUCCCACCAAGAAGCAGACGCAAAAGGGCAAUUUCUAUAAGCUAUGGGGCCCCGUCUUCGAGUCCGAGGCCCGAUUCUCCAACAAGCAUCCUGUACCGAAGCUCGGGGACGAAAAUUCGACUAAGGAGGAGGUUGAGGAAUUCUACGACUUCUGGUACAAUUUCGAUUCGUGGCGCUCGUUUGAAUACCUCGAUCAGGACGUGCCUGACGACAACGAGUCUCGCGACCAGAGGCGUCAUAUUGAACGCAAGAACAAUAACGCCCGCAAGAAGAACAAGACAGAGGACACAGCGCGGUUGCGCAAGUUGGUAGACGACGCGUUAGCCUUGGAUGAGCGUAUCAAAAAGUUCCGCAAGGAGGAACACGCCCAAAAGAACAAGAAGCGUCUUGAAAAGGAAGCUGCCGAAAAGAAGGCUGCCGAAGAAGCGGCCAAGAAGAAGGAAGAGGAAGCCAGGUUGGCUGCUGAACGUGAGGCUGCCGCCAAAUUGGAGAAGCUGGAUGCAAAGAAGGCAAAGGAGGCCGCAAAGAACGCAGCGAAGAAGAACAAGCGUGUUGUCCGUGGCGCGGCCAAGGACGCGAAUUACUUCGCUGAGGGCGAUGCGAGCGCCAGCCAGAUCGAGACUGUGCUCAACGACGUCGAUGCUGUGAUCACCAAGAUUGAUAACGAGGAGCUGGCUGAACUAACGGCCAAGUUGAAUGGCAAGAAGGAUGCUGGGGAGAUCAAGGCGGUGUUUGCAGCUGAAGUCGCAAGAUUGAAGGCCGCUGGAAAGGCGAAGGACGGUGAGCUCAAGUCUUUGGAGUAGAUUACUUUUAUCCGCUCUGAUCAAUUUCGAUCGAGCUUGUGGUUUAGUUUGCUUCCGCUGGAUACACCUAGAACUAGAGGUGGGUGCCGAUAUCAGUAACGACGUGGACUAUUUCGAUUGCCAGUGUAGCCUUCGAAUAGUGUUCUUCGAAGCUUCCUAUAGUCCUCCGUUUCUGCGCCGACCGGCUUCCAAUUCCAAUUACACAUCUAAAACUACUUUGUACUUCGUGAGGGUUAUAAGCUGUUAGUGAAAAAUACGACGCUAGGUGUAUGAGCACGAGUCCGAAUAACAAAAGCCAUCUGAAAGAGCUGACUCCUCAACGGCAAGAGCAGAUGUGGCGGAAUACGUAGAUAGGAUGCAGCAGAACAAACGGGAUGAAUUCUCC